AAAACAGCUGUGGAAUUUAUUGCUUUUGUGCUGAAUGAGUUCUUUAAAAUUUGCAAAAGAAAAAUUAAUCCAGUUAGGAAUAAUUCAAAAACCAAAGUGAAUUAGAUGCAGCAUUAGAAACAUAAAAACGCUAUAGAGUUCGUGUUUUGUUUCCCAAACAAUAUUAAAUCCUAAAUAAUGGGAUCGACAUCCAGACAAGUGGAUACAUCCGCGAGCGAUGAAGAGCACUUCGAGGAUGCAUCCAGCAAGGAAAUUAAUGAAAAAGUCGUGAACGAGGUCAUUGAUCAAGUAAUGGGAGUGUCCAUCGAAAAUUCAACGCACCAUAAUACGUCGUCCUCGUCGGAACAGACGGAUAAAUUCGUAGACUGUCGUAGCGAUUCCGGCAGCGACGAGGACACGUUAGGUAAGGAAGGCAGGAAGACGAAGUGCAAUGAGGACGAAGAUGAUUUCAUCGAUGACGAGUCGCAGAGGGACUGGGAAAAGGGUCUGUCCGAGGAGGAAAAGUUGGCCAACAAGGCGAAAGCGGAUGAGCUCAAAGCACAAGGCAACGAACUAUUCAAGCAGGGCGACUAUGACAAAUCGGCCAACGUGUACACGGAGGCGCUGAAGAUUUGCCCAAUGCAGUAUUCGGCGGAACGAUCCAUUUUGUUUGCCAAUCGAGCGGCGGCGAAAACUAAACUCAACUUCAAACCCUCGGCCAUCGAUGAUUGCACCAAAGCCAUAGAACACAACCCUAAGUACCUGAAGGCUUUGGUGAGCGCUAUUGAAUCCACUUCCAGACGGGCAACGCUAUACGAGGAAGCCGACAAGUUGGACGAAAGUAUGGAAGAUUUCAAAAAGAUUUUGGAACUGGAUCCGUCCAAUGAAGAAGCUAAGGCAGCCCAAGUCAGACUGGCACCAAAGAUUCAGGAGCGCAACGAACGUCUCAAGGAGGAAAUGAUGGGUAAGUUGAAAGACCUCGGCAAUAUGAUCCUGCGGCCGUUCGGGUUGUCGACGCAAAACUUCGAGAUGCAGCAGGAUCCGUCCACCGGGUCCUACUCCAUUAACUUCAAAAGCGGAAAAUAGUGUUCAAUCAAACUUCAAUCUUCUUGUGAUAUGUAAAUUGGGUGUGUGAUUUGAUGGGGAUGCCUGUGAACAAUCUAGUUUUUGAUGCCUUCGAUGGCUUAAUAAUAUAAACCGUACGAAUCAAGACAA